AUGGUCAGACAACAGAAAUUGGGAUUACCCAAGGGAUUAGGGAAUUCUCGUGAGAUUACAAAUGACGAACAAGAACUUCCAACUGGAAGACCACAAGACAUGAUUGAGGCAAGUCCUAUGAAUGUGUAUGGGACGUCGAUGGAUCACGGGUAUGAGUCUGGUACCAGCGUCGAUUCUUCCAGACGCAACUCGAUUGCCGUCCGCGAAUUGCCAGUUAUUGCCACAGGACGACGCCGCUACACGAUGCAAAAUCGAAUGCAGCUUUCGAGACCAACCGAACCAAUUCGUAAGACUUCCUACCAGUCGCUGCUUUCAAAUCAAAAUAUUGAAGAGGAACCAGCAUCUCUCUCACGCCGAAGAAUGAGCGUUCCGGAAAAUAUUUACAGACGAUCGGAGUUCGCCAUUAUGCGCCCAAUCCGCAAGUUCACCGAAAGUUCCUAUGAAGUGGUCUCGGCAUUUGAUCGACGUGAUGAUCCUUAUGAGGCUUUCAUGAAGUCCAUCACAUGCUACGAAAUGCAGCCAGUUCAUAGUUGCAUUGUCAUGUUUGAUUCAAGAACAAAGAUACGCGUUGUUGUGAACGCGAUGGCUCAACACGGCCAUCAAGCAGCGGUUAUCUUGAACACGGAGACCAAUAUCGUCGAAUCCGUGUUUACCCAGAGUGAUUGUCUCAGUGCUAUCAACAUGUUUGUCACUGGAGGCAAUGAGGUCACGAAGCACACAGUGUCGGAAUUCAUGAAAUUAAUGGGAAAUAAUACGUUGAUUUGCUCCGAAAUGUCAAGCAGCGCUUGGGAUGCUGGAAAAAUUAUUAUAUUGAACAAGCAUAGCUGCGUUCUGGUCUUUGAUUCGCUUUCCACAAAGCCUCAAACUUCCAUUUACUUCCUCUCCAUCCGCCGAAUCUUGAUGACGUCAGUUCUGAAAUUGAUGGAUUUCGGCGAGGGAUCAAUCCUUUAUGCGAAACAGGAUACGAUUGAGCAGAAGAAGAUCGGAACCUGGGAUGACAUCACCACGGUUACACGGGACACAAAAAUUCGUGAUAUCAUCGCUAUUUUUGUUGAAAAGAAGUUCGCUUGUAUUCCAGUCGUUAAUGAGCAUAACCAAUAUGUUGGUAUUAUAACACGAAGAGAUAUAAUCACCGAAGUUCUCGGAUGUCAAGUGGCCAAUCAAAAAACAUUGGAUCUUACAGUAAAUGACCUUCCGUGCUCUAAGGAGAGACCAAUUUUCGGUAAUAAGCUCAUGACCAUCGCGGAAGCCGUUCACAAGAUUCUUCACACUGACAAACAGUCAUUGCCAAUUGUCAAUGACAAAAUGAAGAUCAUUGCUAUUGUCAGCUAUGGGGAUAUCCUCAGCUAUAUUCAGAGGAACUCAAGCCAGAAGAGUUCAGAAGUACCGUCGACCUCAGCGACGCCAACAUUCGUUCUUAAAUUGAACUAA